AUGUAUUCUAUAUAUAUUUUAGUUGAAAAUAAAUAUCUAACAGAAAUUACUAAAGAAAUUUCACAUCAAUCUAAAACACUUAAGACUGGAAUAGAAAAACCAGAAGAUCGGUUGAAUAUAUCAACGACAACAACAACACUCACUCCAUCGACUAUAACCCAACAUAUAUUAAUACAAAAUGUAAAACCUACAAACAAAGUUAUCAAUGGUAAUCUUUCAAAUAAAAAUCAAGUUAAUGAAGUAAAUACAGUAAAGAAUGAAACAAUCACAAAUUAUACACAGUCUUCACUCUCUGAAAAUUCAUCAUUUGAAAGUUAUAUCUAUCUAAUCUAUUUGCUUAUUAGUAUACUAUUAGCAAUAUUUAUUAUUGGAGCAGUUUAUUUCUUGUGUACAUAUUCAAAGACGAUUUCUUCUUGA